GGGAUGUUUGAUAUUAAAGAAGAUAACCGGUUGGCAUAUCAAGCAUAUCUAUGUAGUUUGUAAUUUUGGAAAAGCGUCCUAUAAAUAGUGGAAUAUUGCAAGGAAGCUGCAUCAGUUAGAGUUCGUUUUACCUCAAGACGCUUCAAACUACAAUCAAAAUGAAAAUCGCUAUUGUUGUUCUCACAGUUGUAGCUGCUGCUUCAGCCAGCGCAGUCUUGCCUGUGAUUGGCAGUUCACUGGGAGUAGCACCGGGCCUGACUUCAAUUGUGGGUCCUUCACUUGCUCCAGCAAUUAGCAUUGCUCCCCUUGGGACACUUGGCUCACUCAGUCCACUUGGCUCCAGUAUCGCUGUUUCAACUCCUAUUAUUAAGACUGGAAUCAUCGGUGCUCCAGCUAUCGCUCCAUUGGGUCUUGGUCUUGGUCUUGAUACCUUGUCUUCACCAGCUCUUAUUGAAUUGUGGAAGAAGAAACGCGCUCAUUAAGAUGUUUACUUGUUUACUGAUGAUGACCUAGAAAAUAAAGUUUGUUAAAAGAUUAAAAAGCAAAGAAAACUGGG